GGCGAAGAGCACUAAUGCAGUCCAGAUAUUCGGAAAUGUCUUCAUAUCCUUUAUCGGGGCAGGCGUGCUCGGACUGCCCUACGCUUUCAAAGAGGGUCGAAAUUGUAUCAAACAAGGAAGACUAUAAGCGAUGCGCAAGUCAACAUUAUUAUUGAUUCAGGCCGGAUUCCUGGAAGGUGUCUUUAUCAUGUCAAUGGUCGCCAUACUAAGCACCCAGGCAAUGCUGAUGUUGAUGUCGUGUAAAGACCGUGUUGCUCUGAGGGUGAAAAAUAGUGGAGCCAUGAACGAAGUAUGGCCUCAUACUCGAACCCAAGUCACGGGUGAAAACACAUUAGUACCCACUCAAACAGUGUCCAAUGGCCAUCAGGGUUCAAGACAUUCGAACGGGGCGAGAAAAGGUCAAGCAGCUCAGACAGGGUUACCAAAUCAUUCGUUGCUCGCUUUGUCCUCGAGUGAAGAAGAUGACGGCGAUGGGUCUGAUUAUGAGUUGAUGCCCGUUAGAAAACCAAAGAAAAAAGUAGUUUACUACGAGUCAUAUCAUCACCUGAAGAACAAAGAUCUGGAUUACGCGGAUGUAGCUGAGUUUGCUCUGGGUUACUUUGGCAAACUAACAGUCGAACUAUCCCUGGUCGUGUCACAGACAGGGUUCUGCUGUGCAUAUCUCAUUUUCAUACAGGAGAACUUGACCGACUUUGUGCCUUCAAUUGAACAGGCCACGUGGCUCCUGGGUCUGCUGCCAGUGUUGGCUGGACUGUGUUUCUACCGCAACCUGAACAGUCUGUCCCUCUUCAGCAUCCUGGCCGACUGUGCCAAUGUCUUCGCCUACCUGAUCGUAUUCUACUUCGACUUCAGCCAACACCACACAGUGUCAAAACACCCCAAGUACAUGACACUGCAGGGCUUCCCCUUCUUCCUCGGCAUAGCUCUGUACUGCUACGAGGGUGCAGGAAUGAUUCUAGCCCUGGAAGCAUCGGUCCACCCAUCGGCUCGUCAUCUUUUCAAAGGAAUCUUCAAACUAGUCAUGUUAAUAGUGACAACUUUGUACAUAGUAUUUGGUGCAGCUGGUUACUUGUCUUUUGGAAAGGAGACGCAACCAAUCAUCACAUUAAAUUUACCUGAUUCUAUAUCUCCUCUCUUAGUCAAAGCCUGUCUUUGCUUUUCUCUCAUCUUCACCUAUCCGAUGAUGAUGUUCCCCGUCGUGCAAUUACUGGAGGCCAAACUGCUUCCAGAACAUUCUCAGUUGUCUGCAACGAGAAGCAGCAAUAAUAGCAGUAGUGCAACAUCCAAAUACAUGCCGGGCAAUGUGCUCCGGUGCAGUCUAGUAUGUGUGACAGGUGUGAUUGUGAUUGCAAUUCCGAACUUCUCAGUGCUGAUGGCUCUAGUGGGCAGUACAUGCUGCACUCUGCUCGCAUUCAUUCUUCCUGCAAUAUUCCAUCUCUAUUUAUUCCACGAAGAAACUUCAAUUUGUCAGUUAGCUCUCAACUACUCCCUCAUCUUCAUCGGUACUCUUGGUGCUCUCAUGGGAACGUGGGAUGCGCUCUGUCGUCUGUUUCCAACCCUGUCCAUAUUUGCCAUCUUCAAUUCGGCAAAGGAAACAAUUCUCAGCUUUGUCCACUAAGAAUAGAAACGGAAGAAAGAGAACAUUCUAGAACUAUCGUCAUCAUCAGUAUCAUCAUCAUCAUCCGUCCCUUCUGAACUGAACAUGUCUUCUAUUCUUAUUUUUCGUUUAUAUGAAACACAGGCAGUAGUAGUUUUUAUUAGGUAUUUGGUAGUCAAAUUGAUAUAGUCUUUGUUAGAUAAAGGAUCAAUGAAUUUAAAUGCAAGGAAGAAA